AGUUCUCAUCCAUCUUUAUCAUGUGACAUCACCACAGUGACGGACAUUAAAGGGGUUCGAUGUGAACAUUAAGCCUCCAUUCAGCAGCGAGCAGCUCAUCAGGCACCGUAAACACACCUCCUCAUUGGCAUCACCAUGGUAACUGUGCCAGUUCUGCUGAUCCUCAUCUUCUCAGCUUCUACAUCUCCAGUCCACAGUCACCUCACUUCACUCCAUAUCAUUCCGGGUGACAUGAAUCAGACUGAGGCUCGACAAGCUUGCAGAGAUAAAUACACCGACCUCGUCACUGUGUACUCUGAUAAAGACAACACUGAACUUGCUAAACUGGUGAUAAAGGCUGGUGUGGGUUCUGGCUGGAUCGGACUCUCUCGCAAUAAUUUAAGUGAGAAAUGGUCUAAUGGUGAUCAUGUAACAUACAGAAAUCUGACAGGGGAUUGUGGGACAUCGAGCUGCUGUGCUACUAUGAAGGCCGAUGGUUUAUGGGAAAGUCUUCAGUGCACAGUGACAAGACAUUUCAUGUGCUAUGAACAAGAUGCUACCUCUCAGACUAAUAAUUAUCAUCUAAUCCUUGAGAAUAAGACCUGGUAUGAAGCUCAGCGUUACUGUAGACAGAGAUACACUGACCUGGUCAGCAUCAGAGAUCAGCAGCACAAUGAAGAGGUGAUGAUUAAAGGGUUAAACAGCAGCACACCCUUCUGGAUCGGCCUGCUGUGUGAUGACUGGCAGUGGAUUUAUGGAAGUAUCUCUGCCUAUAGAAACUGGCAUUGGCAGAGCUGUGAACCUUAUCCAUCACCACACAACUGUGUAGUACUGAGUGGAGAGAGAUGGUACUCAUGGCUAUGCACUAAUUCAUAUCCUGCUUUGUGCUACUAUAGUUACAUCCAUGUGAGUGAAGAGGCUCUGAGCUGGGAGAAAGCGCUGGAUUACUGUGAUAAAGGGAACAGAGCUGGAUUGUUGCAGAUUGAGUCUGAACAUGACCAGACUGAUGUGGAGAAUGAGCUCAGAAGGAGGCGUGUCUCUGAGCCUGUGUGGGUGGGGCUUAGACAGAGCCAGCUCUUCGGGUUCUGGAUUUGGCCUGAUGGGAAAGCUGUGUUUCCGUACUCCAACUGGGAUGAAGGGAAACAGCCUGAGCAUCAACUCUCUCAGCACUGCGGUGCCGUCGUUCCACAGAGCUACAGAUGGAAAGACAUGAACUGUGAGGCUCAGUACAAAGCUCUGUGUCACGCCACAUGUUAUCCAUGAUCAUGUUCUUUAUGAACCACCACCCCACCCCAAACACACACACACGCACACACACACACACACACACACACACACACACACACACACACGCGUAUACAUACGUGUGUGUGUUUUAGAAUUCUACAGUGACACACUCUUACUGGGGUCAGGGUUGUGUAUUUUACAGAGUUCCCCUGUGCGGAACAACGACAGAACAUCAGUGCAAAAAAAUCUAAGCAAAUAAAUAUCUUUAAUAAAUCUAAUAUAAUAUAAACUAACAUCCCUUGUAGUUUUAGAAUUUAGGUCUCUCUCUCUCUCUCUCUCUCUCUCUCUCUCUCUCUCUCUCUCUCUCUCUCUCUCUCUCUCUGUUCAUGAAGAUGUUGUAGAUGUUUAUGUUCAUGGCUUUGUUAUAGGGCCUUUAAUCCAGACUGAAUAUAGCAGGAUGAUUAAAAAGUAAUGACAAUUCUAUCUUCUUGACUCAAUGUUUAAUGUGUUUAUUGCUGUUUCUAUGGUGUCGUGCAGCACAGACUGUAACUUUCUCUGUUUAUAAUAAAGUUUGAACACACA